AGAAGUUGCCUUUCAAAUGUUCUGACUGGCUGGGAAAGGUUGUCCCUGUACAGCAUAACUGUGCUGGGGGAUGGAGUUUCUUCUCAUCUUGUGAGAUCUAAGUGUGAGAGGCAGGAAGAUCACAAAGGAGAUGAAUAGCUGAAAUACCAAGUGUAUGUUGGAGUCUUACCUUGCUCUUUUUUCAUAUUUAAGUUGCUGCUGCUAGAGUUCCUUACUUUUUUCAAUUGACAUAGAAAUCAAAGGUAACUCUUGAGGUUAAACAACCUGUGCUGUAAUAUUGAUAUCAAACUGCCCAUUAAAGACUAUUGCCACAAGUAAGUCCCUUAAUUUGUUUGAAAAACUAGAUGAAGAGCAUUCAGAACAAAUCAGGUGAUCUGUGCCUCUUGACUUAUAAGGGCUAGAUCUGUUUCUGCUCCUUCUUUGAGUAACUGCAUGUUACACCAUUGCAGGGGUCUCUCCAGGAGUGGUGGUAGCCUGUGGUCCCAGCAAAUGCCUGGCAGAGGUGCUGGCAUCCCCUGGCCUGGCCUGAGCGGGGAUCUGUGUGUGUGUCUGUGUGUGUUUUCACAGAUGCAGACGUUCAUCUGACUCUUAAAUGCUUUCUUUGAAUUUCAGCUUGCAAACUGGUUUGCAGCUCUGUUCUGGGAGAAGCCUUGCUGGAGUUAGUGGCAGUACCUGUUGCAGCAGCGUUGCUGAUAAACAGCCUUGUAAUCCUCUGAGUCAUAACAUAUGAAAUAAGAGUGAGCGUUUUAUAAAUGCAGGUAUCCAGUUUGGUGUGUUGAGUAUAAAGUGAUGACUUGAGUGCUUUUCUUGCUUCUCAUUGUGCUAUUCCAGUUCUGGCUGUGCUGGGCUGUGGCUGGAGCCCCAGUGACCGUGUCACUGCUGGGUGUCCUCUCCCUGCACACAGAGGAGUGUCAUGACAGCAGGACUGUGGUUUGACACCAUCCCUGCACUUCUGCUCCCACCAGAGAGGGACAUCCUGUUUGGCUUAACUGUGUCAGCAAUUUGCCUGACUGAGUUUCACUUGAAAUAUUUUUUGUGGUUAUCAAACAUAGGCUGCCUUGGGAUAUGACUGUGUGUCGUCUGUAAUUUGCUGUCUGGACAGGAGUAGCUGUGUUGGCAAGCCUGUCCCUGCGUGCAGUCCAUUGGUGUGUGACACAAGGACAGAGCUGGCUGGAGGCUGCCUGUGCUGGGGGAUGGAUGGAGUGGCUGCCCACCCCCACUGGUGAUCACUGUGUUCCAUUCUGUGUUCCACUCUGGAGGAGUUAAAGCAUCAUUGAAAGGGCACAUGUCAUGAAGGGUGUCCAUCCUUGCUGUGAUAUGGUUGAUGACUCCUUAGCUCAGGUUGUACCCAAACUAAGCUACUGUCACCUGUGAAGUUGUAGAAAUUCAGAGCUCUCAGGCUGAUGAGGGAAGCAGUGGACAGUUGGGAUCACACCUGGGCAUUUUAGGAUGGCCUCCUGGUAUCAUCCUUCCAUGUGGCUCAUCUCGCUCCAGCACUGGUUUGCCAGGGAGGUCUGUGUGUGCCUUGUGGCUCUGGGUCCUUACACAAAGGUCACAGAUAUUUCUCCUUGCCCCUUCUGUGUUGAGGGCUUGGUUUGUUUCAGAUAAUUGCUCUCGUAAAUUAUUCACUCCGGUGUUACACAGCAGUGCUGUGAUCAAAGAUUAAAUCAUGCCUUUGCACAGGCUUGCAGUGUCAUCUCUUUCUUUCCCUGAUGAAGUCUUGAUUCGUCUGUACUGGACUUACCUGCGACCAAAAUAACAUCAUAUUAACCAGUUAAAAUAGCACUGAUGGACAUCUCUGUCUUUGAAAUGUUCUGGAUGUGUAAUUUGAGGUAAUUUUAUUAAGACUGCAGAUCUCUUCUGUCAUGAUUACUGGUGAGGUUUCUGGCUGGCUGCAUCAUUUCACUUUCAAGUGAGUAUCAGAAACCGGUACCAGUCUCAUAUGGUUUUAAUGCAUCUGCAUGUUAUCCUUGUCUUGUACUUGACUGAAAUAACACCUUAAAGUGCUGGAAUUUAAAAGGUCUAGUCUAUUGCUAAAAGUUUACAAACUGUACUUGAGUGACAAUUCCAAAAAAAACCCUCAAAACCAACCAACUAACCAACCAAAAAACCCCAAAAAAACCCAAACCCCCAAACAACCUCCACCCCAAAAAAAACCCAACAAAACAAAACCAAGAACAAAACCCUGAAAGAAUGAUCUUCUUGAUUUUUGAGCAGUUAAAAAAAAUAAUUACAGAGGUAGGCAAAAGAGCUGGUGUUCCAGGUUUAUCUGCUGUCGGGGGAUGUGCUUUAAUGUACUCUCUUGAGGCAUGCUCUGUCUCUAAUUUGUAAAAAUAGGAUCCUGGUAUGACUUGUUCUGUAUCUUACUAUUCCUUAGUCUUCUGUUGUCUGACCUCACUAUUUUCAUAUACUGAUUUUGUAUUUUUACUCUUUAAUCCACCUGAGAUGUAGCUGGGGUUAUGCUUGUGCUGCAGGGUCCCAAAGACCUGACCUGCUGGAGACUGUUUUGCCCAGGCUGUGAAUUUGGGCAGGGCACAGAGAGGUGGGAUGUGCUGCCUUGUUCUGUGGUGAAUGAAACCAACUUCAUUUCGUAGGAAUGAGAAGGGCAAGUUAUCUUUUUUGCUUGGGAAUUAACUGUGAACAUUCAGUCGUCGUGGAAUGUGGGGCUCUGGCUAAAUCUUUGUGCUGCCUUUAGCUGGUGGCUCUAUGUUGAAGUUUGUUAGCAAAGAGGAUGGGACCAGAAGUCUUGGGAACUGUGUGGUCUUUUAAGAUGUAAAAAUAAACAAAGCUGAGAAGCUCUACCCUACUUAAAACAGGCUGACCUAAAUUUUCAGCAAUUCUAGCAGAGAGGCAGGCUCUGGGUAGGGAUAAAGGCUCACUGAUGACUGGCUUCCCUGUCCUUCCAUCACUUGACAUGGUUGACAGGCCACCUUUGGCAAAUCAACACUGGUGUCUGAGGUCAUUCACUUCCCCCUUCCCCAAGUUGCACAACCUGGCUGUGGAUUUGCCUUGUGCUUGUGUGGACAGUCCCCUUGUUAUGCAAGUCAGCAGUUAAGCAUCUUCUGGGAAGUCACAGCAAGAAUCUCUUCUCAAAUUGCUUUUGUUGGAUUGUGUUGACAACAUGUUAGAUGUCCUCUGGCUUGUCCCUACAGAGAGUAGUUGUCUGGGAAGUCCGUUCAUACUCUGUCUGUAGAUUAAUGUUCUUGCUAUCAGUUGCAGUUCUCCACUACUGAAUUAUUAAUUCUGCAGUUUUUUUCUUCUUAGUGUUCAUUGACUUUCAUGCUUGAUUUAUUUUUCUGAGCAGUUUGAAACCACAGCAUGGGAAUGUUGACUAAUUUUAACAGACGAUCUGUAACUUCAGAGGUGGCUAAAUAAACUUUUUUUAAUUGGGAAAAUGACAUCUGUCUUUCAAAGUACUCAGUUUCUCAGGUGAAAGGUUGCUUGUGAACAUGUAUUACCCUCAGAGGCACAUUGCUUCUUAUUCAAGAAAACUGGGAUGUUCAGGCAGCCGGUGGAGCAGUUACAUGUGCUCUAGAGACAGUCCUGUGGGUAAUGAUGGGACAAGGAGGGAAAAGUGGCUUUGCAGAUUCUCCUGCUGAUGUGACUUUGUAGCUGAAUGCUUUCCUGGCAGAGAAUCUGCCUUUGAUUGGAAAGCAUUCCCCUUGGUGUUCAUGUAGGUACUGAUGGUCUGCCAUGUUUUGUUCUGUGUUUGUGUGUGCUUUUUCCUGCAGGGAGAUAAGAAGAGGGGAAUUGUGUAUCCUUUCAGCAGCCUUCUGUUAAACUUGGAAUACCACAGCUCAAGCACUUGAACAGAUGGAUAAUGGAGACUGGGGAUAUAUGAUGACUGAUCCAGUCACGCUAAAUGUGGGUGGACACAUGUAUACGACCUCCCUCACAACUCUAACGAGAUAUCCUGACUCAAUGCUCGGGGCCAUGUUCAGGGGAGACUUCCCCACUGCCAGGGACUCUCAGGGCAAUUACUUUAUUGACAGAGAUGGACCACUUUUCCGUUAUGUUCUUAACUUUUUAAGGACCUCAGAGCUCACUUUGCCACUGGACUUCAAGGAGUUUGACCUGCUCCGGAAGGAAGCAGACUUCUAUCAGAUUGAACCCUUAAUUCAGUGUCUUAAUGACCCCAAGCCGCUGUAUCCUGUGGAUACCUUUGAGGAGGUGGUGGAGCUGUCCAGCACCCGGAAGCUUUCCAAGUACUCCAACCCGGUGGCUGUGAUCAUCACGCAGCUCACCAUCACGACAAAAGUCCACGCACUACUGGAAGGCAUUUCAAACCACUUCACCAAGUGGAAUAAGCACAUGAUGGACACCAGGGACUGCCAGGUGUCCUUCACCUUUGGGCCAUGCGAUUACCACCAGGAAGUGUCGCUCCGGGUCCAUCUCAUGGAGUACAUCACGAAACAAGGCUUCACGAUCAGGAACACCAGAGUCCAUCACAUGAGCGAGCGUGCCAAUGAAAACACAGUGGAACAUAACUGGACUUUCUGUAGACUGGCACGGAAAACAGAUGACUGAUUCUGACUCCAAGGAGCCGCUUCAGUGAUUAGCAACUUAAUUGGACAGUGAACCCAAGAGAAUCUGGAUUUUGACUAAAGCAACAAUAUGGGCUUUUUUUAUACGACUAUUUAUUGUUUAUCAGUGAGGACUGGAGGAGUUUCAUUCUCUAGCAGCUCUGUUCUUUCGUCCAGUUCAGAAAAAAAAACCGUGCAUGUGCCUGUUCAGUCAAGACACCUUUUUGUUUGAAAGAGGGAGUCCGAAGAAUCAGUACAAUAGGGUAUUUUGUGUCAUUAACACAAUUCUCUGACUCGACUCAAAGUGCUAAAAUUACCUCUUGUUUAAAUGGUUUCUAAUCCAUCUAAUGCUAUGACACUGGGAGCAAGAAACAAAAAAAGAUUUUAAAAUGCAGUUGGGGAGAAGCUGCUAUUGUGUAGACUAAUUUAGUUUCUAAAUCAAUAAACAGUAUUGUAAUACUCUAGGAAAACAAAUCCCACCCUUUAAAAGUACUUGAUAAGUACAGUUUCUUACAGUUAUGACAACUGUUUCUUUCUAUGCAUAUAAAUCAAGCAACCAAAUAUUAUCUGUAGCCAUGGAAAUAUGAUUACAAAUAUUUAUAUUGGAUUCUAAAUGCAAAAUGUCCCUGUGGUAGAAUUCGUAUUUUUAAUGCCUGGUGCAAUAUUAUUCCCAAGUGUAAUGCCUGCCAGAAGAAGCUAAUAAAAAUGUGAAAUACAGAA